AUGGAAGCACCGUACAACAGCAUGGCUCUCGAGAGGCUCGGGGAGGCCCUGGGCGGCGUGCCCCCUCUGCAAAGAUCCCUGCUGCUUCUCCUUUGCCUGCUCGCCGCCAUCCACCUGGGCAAGCUCCUCGUCCGGCAGCGCUGGCGGCAGGGCCAGCGCCAGGCGCCGCCAGGCCCGUUCCCCUGGCCGCUGAUCGGCAACGCGGCGCAGCUGGGCAGCGCCCCGCAUCUGUCCUUCGCACGCCUGGCCAGCACCUACGGCGCCGUGUUUCAGCUGCGCCUGGGCCGCUGGCCCGUGGUGGUGCUGAACGGGGAGCGCGCCAUCCGCCAGGCGCUCGUCCGCCAGGGGGCCGCCUUCGCCGGGCGCCCGCCGUUCCCGUCCUUCCGGCUGGUGUCGGGCGGGCUGAGCCUGGCGUUCGGCGGCUACUCGGAGCUGUGGAAGCUGCACCGGCGGGCGGCGCACGCCACGGUGCGCGCCUUUUCCACCGGCAGUCCCGCCACCCGCCGCCUGCUCGAGCGGCAUCUGGUGGGGGAGGCGCGCGCGCUCGUGGCGCUGCUGGUGCGCGGCAGCGCCGGCGGCGCCUUCCUCGACCCCACGCGCGUCCUGGUGGUGGCUGUGGCCAACGUGAUGAGCGCCCUGUGCUUCGGCCGCCGCUACAGCCACGGAGACGGCGAGUUCCUGCGCCUGGUCGGGCGCAACGAGCAGUUCGGGCGGGCGGUGGGCGCCGGCAGCCUGGUGGACGCGCUGCCCUGGCUCCAGCGCUUCCCCAGCCCCGUGCGCGCCGCCUACCGCGCCUUCCGCGACCUCAACCGAGACUUCUACGGCUUCGUCCGCGGCAAGUUCUUGCAGCACCAGCGCAGCCUGCGCCCGGGGGCCGCCCCCCGCGACAUGAUGGACGCCUUCAUCCACCUGCAGCGGGAGCAGCCGAGGCUGCAGCUCGAGCACGUGCCCGCCACCGUCACCGACAUCUUCGGCGCCAGCCAGGACACCCUCUCCACCGCCCUGCAGUGGCUCCUCAUCUUCCUCAUCAGGUAUCCGAAUGUGCAGGCUAAAAUGCAAGAGGAAGUGGAUAGGAUUGUUGGACGAGACCGUCUGCCAUGUGUUGAAGAUCAGCCUCACUUGCCCUACAUCAUGGCUUUCCUGUACGAAUCCAUGCGUUUCAGCAGCUUUGUGCCUGUUACUAUCCCACAUGCCACCACAACCAACACUUUCAUAAUGGGCUACCUCAUUCCCAAGGACACGGUGAUUUUUGUUAAUCAGUGGUCAGUGAAUCACGAUCCAGCAAAAUGGUCCAACCCGGAGGAUUUUGAUCCGACAAGGUUCCUGGAUGAGAAUGGAUUCAUCAAUAAAGAUCUUACUAGCAGUGUGAUGAUUUUCUCAUUGGGAAAACGUCGGUGUAUUGGAGAGGAGUUGUCCAAAGUGCAGCUGUUUCUCUUUACCUCCAUACUGGUGCAUCAGUGCAAUUUUACUGCUAACCCAAACGAGGACCCUAAAAUGGACUUUACCUAUGGGUUGACCAUUAAACCGAAGCCAUUUACCUUGAAUGUUACGCUUAGAGAUACUAUGGAUUUGCUUGAUCAGGCUGUCCAAAGACUGCAAGCAGAGAAAGCAGCCAAUGAGAGUCAGCUGUCAGCAAACGCCUAAGCAGCAAACCCUGCAUCAAAAGAUAAUCCCUCUCUCUUUUCAGACUUAAAUAAAUUAUAUUCAGGUGAUUUUUUUUUUUAAAUAGCCAAUACUACAAGUUACAAGAGCAAGAAGGAAAUUGCACAAGGUAUAAUUCAGUCCUUUUUUAAUUGUAGAAGGAGAGCCAGGGGAACAAUCUAAUGUUAAAUGAGAAAAUAUAUGCAAUUUGAAAGUAAGCUUUUGCUUUUCUAACUUGUUCGGAGAACUUGUCAUUGUAAAGCACUUGUUAUCUACUGACUGGCUGGACCAUCCCUAGGAACUGUACAAUCCUUUCCACAUCUCCAUGCGCUAUGCCUUAAUUCUGAGUUCACCUCCAGUGGCUCCACAUCGCAAAGUGAAGUCUCUUAUUUAAAAAAAAAAACGGUUGCUGAGAACACUGCAGCCUGCCUCUGAAUUUAUUCUGCUGGAAACUGCCAUUGGUGCGAGGCAGCUCCCGUGCUGUGACUGCUGGGAUGUACCUUACUGCCUCAAUAAUAAAUAUUCAAACUAUUUUAAAAUGACAAUGUAAAGUCUUGCCUUUAGCAUUCCAAAGUGUUUAUAUGAGUUAUAAAGAAAAGGCUUCUAAGCACAUUUGAAAAUAAAAUUCAAAUGUUGUAUGAAAAUGAACAGAAUAUCCUAAUGCAGUGACUUUUCAUUAAGUUUUAAAAGAUCAGAUUUGAUGUGUCACAGAUGGCAGGGGUGACGCCGUAUGCUAAUAUACUCAUUAGCAUAUUUUGUCAACAAAAUAGAUAUUUGAAGUUUCAAGUUUUAUAAAGGUAUAGGUGAACUUCGUAUUUCUGUAGUUGAGAGUUAAUAUCCCUAGACACAUAGGUAAAUCCAGUAAAAUCCACAUGGGCCAAAGCAUUUAGAAGCGAAAAUUUCGACUUGCUAUAAAAACUUCAUGCCACAAGCCUCAAGUAAAGCAUACAGCAAAUAUAUCCCUGCUCACUAGACAUUGUUAGAUUAAGUGAUCUGUCUAAAAAUCAACUGAAAUGUUAGUGCAUUUUGUUCAGAACAAAGUCUUAGAAGGAAAACUAACAUUACAUGUCCUAAUUAAUGUACCCAUUACUGAAGAAAAAGAACUUUUCAAGUUUUUUUGUCAGGCAAAGGAUGUGAAAUUAAAAAAA